GUAAAGGUCUGUUUCAGAGUUUCUAGGUUAAUGGCUAGAUCAUGUUUGUGUGUAAAUGCAUCUCCACGGGAUGCCAGAAACGACUUCCCUAAACACUGUUUUGAAGCUGAAGAUAUUAAACAUUCCAGCUGCAGAGGCGUUUCCUGUCAACAAGAGACUGCCAGUCCAUGCACUGAGACCAGGAUCCUCCUCCUUUCCUUCCUUCGCAGUCAUUCUCCCUCUUUCUGUUCAUCUGUUGGCCGUCCCCCUCUGUCCAUGUCACUACUUCUGUCCCCCUUGCGCAACCACACAGCUAAGAUUUCACUACGGGAGACAUAUCAAAUGUUUUAGUUUGCUUGGUAAUCUGUAGAUGUAGGUCAAUCGUGCUGAGUCUGGCUCCGCCUCCUCUCCAUAUGAUAUGACAUCACUCUGCGGUUACCACAGAAACCAGGGCUCCACUGCAGACGGUUGACAGCCAAGCAGGUGGUGUGAUGGCUGCCCAGGUUGAGGUUGAUGCUGGGCGGCCAUGUGUGGUUGGGAGUCGUCUGCACCUUAGCCCUCUCAUGGACUCUAGCAACAAGAGCUUGAUGGAGAGUUCAGGUGGCACCCAGGGGCCACUUAUUAUUUCCUCUGAGCCUAAUAAGCCAGUCCCAGGCCCCAAGCCUAGACUCACCCCAAAACCUUUCACUAUAGAGAAAAAUCCUACUAUACGCCCCAUUCUUGCUCCCAGACCACAGCCAAAACCAAAACCUGAACCCAGUCGACCAGUUUUCUCCAAACCAGACCUGCCCAGCACAUCUAAACCACAGCCAGCCAGUAAACCCAGUGUACCACCUGCCUUGAAAUCAUCCCCGAAGCCCAGCGGACAAACAAAUAAACCUGUGGCACAACCCUUUAAACCAGCACCUACCAUCGCCUCUACUGAUUCCAGCAAAUUUAGAACAACCCAAACUGGGGAUGUGCUGAGAAGAACAAGUUUUGGAGCCAUACCAGCUCGACCUAAAACUGAUUUUCAGGCCUCCACUCCUGGUGUUGAAUGGCCUUUUGCUUCUCGGAAGAAACAGCCUAGCCCUUCAAUCACUCGUGCUAAAUCUUUGGGCUUUCUCUCAGAGAUAGGACUGAAUAACGAGGAUAGUAAUGAAGAUUCUGGUGCCAAGGAUGAGUGUUCUCCUACUGUUCUUCGCCCCCAAUCUAAAGGUUCAAGACCCAGACCGGUUUCAGCUGUGUUCCUCCAAAACCCCACUAUGUCUGAGUCUCAGGUUGUAACCCCUACACCUGCUCCUCGUUGGACAAAAGGACGACCCCUUUCAUCUGACCUUACCUCAAAGUUUGAGUCAAUUGGGCUGUCCCUAAACCGGCGACCUACCAAGGAGGACAGCAAAGAAAACACGCCUCAAACGCCAGAGGGUGAGAAAGAGAAAGAACACGGUGCCGAAAAGGCAGAAGGGCCAAAUAAGUCUCCUGUGCUUGAGAAAAAGACUCAAAAGAUUGAAUCAAAAGAUGAGGACUACAAGAAAGACUCUAAACCUGAGGAUACAGGAGGUAGCAGUAUAAAGAGACGCAUUAGUCUGCUCUUAGACUCUUCUUCCUCCUCCUUCUCAGUGGUACGUGUGGAUACUCCAGGGACUGAGCCUCGCUCACCGGGGCUAUCUGUCUCUGAUUCUGAUGGAACGGUGGGGGUGAAACAGCGAAUCAAAGAACUGACCGAAGAAGUGCCUACUACGCUGUCACCACCCCAGAAGCCACAAUAUAAGCCACGUACCCUAGUAUCUGACCGCUCUAAAAGAUUUGAAGCAGAGCUUGAAAGCCAUAGUUCCUAUGAGCUCAAAAGUCCCCAGCAGGUUGAAGAUGAUUUCAGCAAAAAGUUUGAUUACUCCACGAUUGAAGGGCAGUUCACCAAACAGGAGGACAGGAAAGCAUCAUCACUGGGUGUUCAAGACUUGCCUACCAACUCUGGUUUUUAUAGUGAUGGAGUGCAAACAGUACGAGCGUCUAUGUUCGAGCAUGUGGUGGAAAGGCAUAAUGUUCAAGUGAUGGAGGAUAACAUUUCACAAGACCUAAAAGCACAGGAGGAAAGCACAAUUAAACCCAUGCCCAGGCGAAACCACUCUUUGCGUAUUCAAGAUAACACCUUUAAAGCUCUUGAAGAUGAUGAUCCUGGUAGUUUGGUCAAAGCAACCUAUAGAGAACAAGUUUCUCCUUCCAGCCCUGUACGUGUGGAGCAUGUCUUUGACACUAUGGCUUUGUUUGGAGAGAACCGUGCUGUUAGUGAGGUUUUGCCAACCGCUUCCCUUGAGGACAGAGCUCACACACUGCGUUCUCGGCGAUCAGCUCCUCACGGUAAAGAGGACAGGCCUACCUAUGAGAUAAGUAACCUGCUAAAGGAUGAUGCAGCCACUCCACGUUACCUCAGAGUAGGGGCAUUACAGAAAUGGACUGCCACAGAGGCAGACAGAGAGCUUGAAUCUCAGAUGGAGCAACAGAAAGAGAUGUUGAGAAAGAUGGAAGAAGAGAUACAGAGGCAGACAGAAUUGCACAUGGCUGCUGCAGCAGCAUUGAAGGAAGAGGAGGAAGACAUCGAAGCAGAAAGGAAGAAACAGUUAGAAGCACAAAGAGCCAGAGAGAGGGAAAGAGAGGAAGUUGCAGCACCCAAACGGCCUAAGAUGCUAGAUCCCGAAGAGCAAAUGAAUAAACCUAGAGCCACUUACUUUGCUCUGACUGGUCAGAUUCAAGAGCCUUUGCAUCAAGGUGAGAGAGUGGACGAGGAAGCAAUCUUAGGGAGUGUUAAACGAGGGAUGAAGGAGGUUCCGUUUGAUGAUUUCACUGUAAGAUCAGGGCAGUGGGGUCCUCAGAAUCCAAUUGCUCCAUUUAGAAGAAAUCCUUCAUUGGAAGCUGCAAUGCAGAGAGAUUCGCUAGAGCUGCAUAAAAAUGACACUGGACCAAGGACAGAGCACAGAUUACAAGAAAGGGAAUGGCAAAAAGAAGCCAGGGAGGAGAUGGAAAUAGAGAGACAAAGACUAGCAGAGUUUGAAAAGAAUUUGGAAAGGCAGCAAGAAAUAAUGAAACAGAGAGAUUUGGAGAUUGAGAAACAAAAAAUUGAAAGGGAGAAAAAGAGAGAAAUUGAGUUACGGAAAGAGAAAGAGAGACAAAAGGAGUUGGAAAGACAGAGAGAGCAAGAGAGGGAGAAACAGAGGGAGUUGGAAAGACAAAGGGAAAUUGAACUCCAAAAACGAGAAAAGGAGCGACUCAAACAAAUUGAAUAUGAGCGAAUGAAGGCUGCAGAAAGAGAACUAGAGCAGCAGAGAGAGUUUGAGAGGCAACGACAGAAAGAGUUUGAACGAGAGAAGGAGAGAAUGCUUGACCAAGAGAGGCUUAGGCUUAGAGAAUUGGAAAAACAGAAGGAAAUGGAGAGAGAAAGAAAGAGACAGCUGGAGUUGGAGAGACAAAGGGAAAUUGAAAGACAAAAGCAGAGAGAACUUGAAAAACAAAGAGAGAUGGAGAGGCGAAAGGAGUUCGAAAGACAGCUAGAAUUGGAAAGACAACGAGAGUUGGAGAAACAGAAAGAGCAAGAGAGGGAAAGACAGAGACAGUUGGAAAGGCAGAGAGAACUGGACAGGCAAAGGGAACUUGAGAGGCAACAAGAGUUGGAGAGACAACUGGAGAUUGAAAGACAGAGGGAGACUGAAAGGCAGAAAGAAUUUGAAAGACAGAAACAGAGAGAGCUGGAGAUUGAGAAAUGGAAGCGACAGAAAGCAGAGGAGAGGGAGACCAAGAAAGAGCUGGAAGAACUUGAGAGGAUCAAGGAGCUUGAGAGACAUCAGCUUCUUGAUUUUGAGUUGCAGAGACAACGGGAAAAGCAACUCCAGCAAGAACAAGUGAAACAGAGAUCAAAAAAAGAGCGAGAAGACAGACAAAAGCUGCCUGAACGGCAGAGAGCAUCAGAAAGGCAUCGGAUGGAGACAGAGCAAGAGAAGUCUAUACCUACAUCUCCACUUCGGCCAAAAGUGCUAGAUCUUGAUGCAGUGUCUCUUGGUUUUAGGACUGGUCGAGACAGCCAUGAGAAUAGCCCCACAGCCCGAUGGAAGCAGCCCUCCCUUCAUCCUAAUGAGCUUUACAAACCUGGCAUCUUAGAUAUUGAUUCAUUCAGGAGUCAAACCCAACCUGAUACCUUCUCUUCAACUGGAUUUGGAGGUUUAGAGUCAGGAAGUGUUGGGUCAGCGAUUCAAACUCGUCCACAGGCCACACAACCAAAUGUUCUCCAACCCCAAACAGCAUCUCAAGUUCAGUCUCUUCCUCAGUCCCAGUUUCACCCUCAGUCCCAGGCUUUCUUCCAGCCCUCCCCAGCAGAACGUAUGAGAACUCAACUCCCGCCACCUCUGCAACCUCAAAUUCUGCAUCAAACCCAACCUCACUCACUGCCAUUUGCUACAGAAAGACUUAGGCCACAAACACACUCAUUGACUGAGACCUCGGAUAGGCUCUUUGUUGCUCAGCUGCCAAAUAAUGCUUGGGGACAUACUAAACCAGAGUUGGCUGUAGAUGAGCCCCUUUGGGUAUCAGCCAUGGAAGGAUCCAGAAGACCAAUUAGCACCAGACCUGGUGGCCUUGAGCAGCAAUUCUUGCGUCAUGAGGAUAGAGGUUCAAGUAGCAUUUUGACACCCAGUUUGACCUCUUCCAUGAGUCCAGUCUUCACUCCUGUACUGCAUCCCACUAUUGCACCACCCAUGGUUCCAAUUCAAACUCCUGUGCUGACUGCACAACCAGGUCUUGGACCAAUUCAAACUCCUAUGCUGACUGCACAACCAGGUUUUGGACCAAUUCAAACUCCUGUGCUGACUGCGCAACCAUGUCUUCGUCCCUCUGUAGCCCCUAUACUGACCCCAGAGAGAUGCUGGACCUCAGAAUCUUUGAAUGUGGGGUCAAGUCGAGCUUUGGUUCCUCCUCCCACAAAGCCAUUAGCUAAGAAAGAGACUUCAGUACCCACUAGUCAGGUUGCAAACUUCUCUCUCACUGAUCCUAUAUGGAGUCCAAACUGGGAGCUGGAAUCCCAGGGACAGAGAGAGAACCGUGCCUCACAAAGGGACAAAGUACAACAGAAACGUUCAAGGAGUAUGUGUCGAAGAUCUGCGCCCACCGAAAGCUCUGCUGAUGGUCCGCUUACCCAUGUGAGAACUCGCAGAAGUCGCAGUGCACACAAAGAAAGAAGUGGAGAGACCUCGGAUCUGGUAAAGCCGCAUGGUAGUGGACCAGAGGAGAAUAAAGACACAGACAAUCUGGUGCAGGAGACCGACAGUCAGUACGGCACAUGGGAGACAGGACUUCGCACAGAUGACAGCCUCACUCCAGCUACACCUUCAUCUGAUGACAACCUCACCCCAUCUCCACGGAAGCCCACCCCACCGCACACAGCUGAACAGCCCCUUCUCAUCGACACACCAGAUGGCUCGACCACGUCUCCUCAAAAGAAGACAGAGCUCCCAUUCCCAGAGACCUCCACAACACUGUUAGACUCUAGUGCACUACGUGCCAGGGUCAAUCUGAACAAGAAGAGCACUCGCAGAGCCCCGCCCUCUCGAGCCGCCCGUCACAGCGCCCUCUUAUCACAAGUACCCGAGGGAACCGGAGCAGAUGAUGAAUGGCGCUACAAGGACUCAACAGAUGAGAAGACAGACGCUUCUAAGCAGGGUGAGGAGUCAGACUCUGAGGAGCAGGCCAAGGGAAUUGAAUCCCGUACUUCCUCCAUGUCUCAGCCUCAGAGAGUGGCGCUUUUCCCUGGCAUGGACCCAUCUGCUCUCAAGGCUCAGCUAAAGAAGAGAGGAGAGUCAGACAAUCAGACAGACGGCCCUUCACCCUCUCAGCUCUCACGCUCACCCAAAUCUCCGUUCUUGCCUCGAGCCGCCCGUGUGCUGCCUCCUGCUGGCGGCAAAGAGAAUGGAGAAGAGUCCUCACCUCAGUGGCUGAAAGAACUAAAGACUAAAAAACGUUUGAGUCAGUAUGAAAAUGACAGUACAGCCUGAACAAGCAGGAUGCCUUAUAACUGCAGUAUCUGUAGCUGUAACUCGUGACAGAAGCCUUAACCUUUGACCUGGAGUUGACGGGAAUUCUGCUGCUGCUGACUACGACAUCAUUCUGUUUCGUUGGUUUUUCUGGCCUUCCUCUCCAGCCUGAGUCGUGUACAUGUGCAUGGUGCCUUUCUAAAAGAUUUCUGACUGACUUAAAGGGCGAAGCAGAGAUCUGCGUGUGAAGCGUGUGUCCAUGUAUGUGUUAUCGAGUUUCUCUUCAGCUCUUCGUCAUACGAGAGAGAAUUAUUUUUGCAUAGAGCCACUUUAACCUCUAGUGAGCGAGAGAUCAUCCUUUAUAGUGGAACUGUGGGACCACACGCACCUACAAGUAACCUGAAGUGCUUCAUAUAACUGGAGUAUGAUGUUGGUUUGUUUUUACCCUUUUAUGUUAAUAUUAGUACAGCUUUCAUGCUAUUUUUUAUUUUUUUUGGUUUGUUUGUUUGUCACAUUCUCAUUGUUUUUGUUCAGUUGACGGUUAUAGUUGCACAUGCAUUUCCAUAGACGAUCACAAUUUUAUUUUUAAACUUUAAUAGUCGACAAAUCAAUGCUGAGCUGUCUGUAUAGAAAGUGUAUUUAGUUAUGAUGAAAUGUUAAUCACAGAAUGCUAUAUUUGUAUUAAUGUUGGUUUGAAAGGAAAAUGGUAAAUGUUUAAUGAUCAAAAAUGGAGUUAAAAUUCAUUUAAGAACAGCGGUCUUGUAUGUGUGUGGAUGAGCGUGUGGGAAUCUGUUUGGAUGGGCCACUAAUGAAUUUAUUUAAUCAUUUGUUUGCACAUGUCUUCACUCCUAAUAACUCAUAUUUUUUUGUUUAGAUUUGAGACGUUCAGACAUGGAAAGGUCUGUAUGCUGCCUCAGUUUGUCUAGCUUUCACCAUUCCAUCAUGUCCUCCAUCAUGUUUGAAUCCAUAAUAAUAUCAUGAUUGGAAAAAUUGCGCAUGUACAAUCAGUCACUUUGUUCUUUUUUUUAACCUAGUACUUUACUUGCUUAAACAAUGGGCCAAAAACUAUGAUAGGAAAUUGCACAAUCAGCAUAUUUUCUUCCCUUAUAAGAUAAUGAAUUAAUACACAAGGGAAAACGUUUUAAUUUGUUUCCCUUGCUCUUGGUUACACACAUUUUGAGUUUACUAGUUUGCUAAGGGAAAUUUGAAAUGUCAAAGUACUGUAAACAUUGUUCAUAUUACAUUGCACACUUGUUGUUACCGUAUUUAAAAAAAAAACGCUGGGCCGUUGUGCCACUCCCACCUAACAAGCACUUUUCACCUGUUAAUGAACAGCGGUUUUGACCAGUAGUCAAUUUUGUAACGCAUGUGUCUUCACACGUGAUAUCAAUGUUGUGAUGUUGGUAUGCUGACGGUAUGCGAGUAAUGUGUCCUACGAUUUUUUUUUUUUUUCUAUUAUCAGCUUCUUUUCAUUGUCUGCCUACAGUUGUUGUAAUCUGUUAAGGGUAAUUUGUCCUUUUCAUUUUAAAUUGGACUGUAAAGAUGUUUAUUGCACUGUUGUAAUGCCAGUGUCCAAUACUGUAAAUUCGUAAUAAAAUUUACUAUAAAUAUA